CAAUUAAAUGCCCGAACGGUCAAAAUUUCUCCCACUUCGGCUUCCGGAUCGGGUCUUGGAUUCAAACCGGGAGAAGCACCCCGACCUUCUCCUCAGAUCUGUCCGAUUCACCGCGGAUUGCUUCUCUGGUUCAUUUCAGGGAUGGAUGACUGCUCUUCUGAGAUGAAGCAGCCAUUGAAGAACUUCUAUAUCCCAGAUUACAUACUAGUACCUGAUGCAGAGCGCGAGGAAGUUAGUUAUACUCCCACUUGUCCUGUAAUAGUGUUCAUUAACUCAAAAAGUGGUGGCCAGCUUGGAGGUGAUUUACUUAAAACGUAUCGUGAGCUUCUCAAUAGUUUUCAGGUUUUUGAUUUAGGAGAGGAGGCUCCCGAUAAGGUGCUUCACAGACUUUACUGCAACUUUGAAAAACUUAAGUCCAAUGAAGAUAUUCUUGCCGCUGACAUUGAGAGGAGAUUGAGACUAAUUGUUGCAGGUGGUGAUGGCACAGCAAGCUGGCUGCUUGGAGUUGUUUGUGACCUUAAACUUGCUCAGCCACCUCCUAUUGCUACAGUGCCCUUGGGAACAGGGAACAACCUUCCCUUUUCAUUUGGUUGGGGAAAGAAGAACCCUGGUACGGAUCGUCAAUCUGUAGAAUAUUUUCUUGAGCAAGUGAUGAAAGCAAGAGAAAUGCAAAUUGAUAGCUGGCAUAUUAUCAUGAGGAUGCGAGCUCCCAAGGAUGGUUCCUGUGAUCCAAUUGCUCCUCUAGAGCUUCCACAUGCUCUGCAUGCAUUUCACCGUGUCUCUAGCUCAGACUCGCUUAAUGUGGAAGGUUAUGACACGUUCCGUGGGGGAUUUUGGAACUACUUUAGUAUGGGAAUGGAUGCUCAAGUAUCAUAUGCAUUUCACUCUGAGAGGAAGCAGCACCCGGAAAAGUUCAAGAACCAGUUAGUUAAUCAGAGUACCUAUGCGAAGCUUGGAUGUACACAAGGAUGGUUUUGUGCUUCUCUCUUUCAUCCUUCUUCAAGGAACAUAGCUCAGCUUGCAAAGGUGAAGCUCAUGAAAAGACCGGGCCAGUGGGAAGAACUCCAUAUUCCGCACAGCAUCAGAUCGAUAGUUUGUCUUAACUUACCAAGCUUUUCUGGAGGAUUAAAUCCUUGGGGAACUCCAAAUCAGAGGAAAACACGAGAUAGGGAUCUGACUGCACCAUAUGUCGAUGAUGGCCUUCUUGAGGUUGUUGGCUUUCGAGAUGCUUGGCAUGGGCUUGUUUUGCUUGCUCCCAAUGGACAUGGAACUCGUCUUGCACAGGCACAUCGAAUUCGCUUCGAGUUCCACAAGGGCGCAGCAGACCACACAUACAUGAGAAUUGAUGGGGAGCCCUGGAAGCAGCCUCUUCCCAUGGAUGAUGACACUGUUGUUGUGGAGAUCUCCCAUCUUGGUCAGGUUAAAAUGCUUGCAACUAACCACUGCAGAUCCAAAAGUAUCCAUGACCCUUCAACACCUUCAUCAGCGAGCAGCCAUCAUGAUGAUGAAGAUAGCUGCGAAGACUCUGAAGAUGAGUGGGAAGGGGAGAGGAGGAAGUUUGGCGCUGCAGAGACGUUCAAAUUUCCAGAGGAUAUAGACAUAGCUCACCUCAGCUAAUAAGGUUUCUCUACCUUCUCGAGUUGGAACAUGUUCGUUAUAAUUUUAUGGAUGGCCCAAGAUCUUUUUUGCCCAUUUUCCAUGUUCUGAUAUAUUACUUGCUGUGGAGGGCUGUCAAUUUGAAACUGAUGGUGAAAAGCAUUUAUAUUAUGGUUACUUUUAUUAAAUUCCUCACUAGAAGUUAUAUUUGG